AAACUACUGCUGGCUGUCCUGUCCUGCCACUCUCUCCUCCUGCCCUUUUCUGUUCCACCAGAACUUAGAAGGGGGAGGAGACUCACUUUUGAGAGAGAGAGAGAGAGAGAGAGAACCCAAAAACCAAAGUGCUUUUCGACAUUGGUUUUUUUUUUUUUUCUGAUAAAUACUUGGAUUUAGAUACCCUUCUCCACUCUCCUCAUCUUUCUCCCAUUCUAAGUUACUUAAAGAAAAAAAGCCCAACUUGAUAAGGCUUCCUCUUUUUUUUAGUACUAUAAAAGUUUUGGUAAGUUUCAAAGGCUCAAACUUUGCUAAUUUCUUAUCUUUUUGGUUAUUAUUUCAUGUAGUGUUAAAAAAAGAUUUUGGAAGAUAUUAAUGCAAAGAAGGAAAAGGAAACUUGUGGUGUAUAUGGUGUUCUUAUACUAGUGAAAAAGAAAGGUAUUGUUUUGAGCAUUGUUUUUAGGCUGAAAUAUGAGUUGGGUCUGAGCUUUUUUUUUUGGCUGUUUUGAGGUUUGAAGUAUGGUUCUUGAGUGCAGCUAUAUAAUCUGUGGAAUGUUAGAAAUCAAAGAAAAGAGUUGGGUUUUGGAGCAUAACCAUUUGAAGAUGUCUUGGGUUCAUCAUCAUCAAAUCAGGCAAAAAGAUGGUUACUUUCAAUAUCCACCACCUCUUCCUCCAUCUCCAUAUACUGCUGCUACUACUUUUCAUAAAGAUUCAAACCCUCCACCAUCAUCAACAUCAUCAUCUUCUGGUACUAGAAUUAGUCCUGCAGUUCUGUUCAUUAUAGUAAUCUUGGCUGUACUAUUUUUCAUCUCUGGUCUUCUACAUCUGCUUGUUAGAUUCCUUAUAAAGCAUCCAUCUUCAUCUACAUCUUCUCAGUCUAACAGAUACCCUGAAAUGUCUACCUCUGAUGCUCUCCAAAGGCAGCUACAACAACUGUUUCAUCUCCAUGAUUCUGGUUUAGAUCAAGCCUUUAUUGAUGCUUUACCUGUUUUCCAGUACAGAGAAAUAGUUGGUCUUAAAGAGCCUUUUGAUUGUGCUGUUUGUUUAUGUGAGUUCUCUGAGAAAGAUAAGCUGAGAUUGCUUCCUAUGUGUAGCCAUGCUUUUCAUAUAAAUUGUAUUGACACUUGGCUGUUAUCAAACUCAACAUGCCCUCUUUGCAGAGGUACUCUUUUUACUCCUGGGUUUUCAAUGGAAAAUCCAAUUUUUGAUUUUGAUGACAUAAGGGAAGAUGAGGGGUGUGCUGGUAAUGGGGAAAAUGGAUAUACCCCCGGUCAGAAAACAGUGGAAAUGGAAGAAAUUGUUGUUGACAAGGGGGUUUUGCCCGUGAGGCUAGGUAAAUUCAGAAGGCUAAAUGAUGGACCUGGGGAGGCAGGAGGAGAAACUAGUAGCAGCAAUUUAGAUGCAAGAAGGUGUUUUUCUAUGGGUUCAUAUCAGUAUGUGCUAGGUGACUCAGAUCUUAGGGUUGCCCUGUCUAAUGAUCGAAGCAGUGGCUGUGAUGUAAAGCUAUCAAAAGGUUUGGAACAGAAUGGGAAUUCUUCAGUAGAAAGGGAUGCAGAGGCGAAAAAGAUUAGUAGUGUGGCCAAAGGGGAGAGCUUUUCUGUUUCCAAGAUCUGGCUUUGGUCUAAGAAAGGUAAAUUUUCAAGUUCUUCGGAUGCCCAAAUCGGCAUGCCUUCUUCUCUUAAUACAGACUUACCAUGGUUGGAGAAAACACAAGAAAAAUGAAAGAAUAUGCAGAUGGUGGGUGGUGGUUGUGAUGAACUGUAGUAUUUUGCAAAGGGAUACCUAUGUGAAAAUGAUCUUCAGCCCCACUUGAGAGGAAGUGUCCAACAAUGACUGUUGAGAAAUGAUAAUGUCAUCUCUGAGAUCCAAAUAUAAAAGCAUGGCACACGGUCACCAACCAAUGACAAUUGAUUAAAGUACUUCCAAGGUGGGCUCCAUAAUCCUGCCUGUUACAAUCCUGUGAAGCUGUGAAAUGCUCAGUGUUAACCACCUCAGAAAUCGGAAUCAUAUCAUUUGACAACAAUGAGGUACUUUUGUCUCUUUCAUAUACCUCAGGGCCUGGUAUAGAAAGGGCUAAGCCCAGCCCACUGGGUGACAAACCAUAAUGUGAGCUUUGACCCAGCCCCCUCUUUUACCAUCCCUGUUUUUCCAGUGAAAAGGUUUGCUCAGCCCUACUGGUGAUAAACAGAUUAGAUUAUUCAGCACAAUAAUGGUAUCGGCCAACAUGAUCUAGUUCAGAAGUUGAUCCUAUCAUAUUGUCUGCAAUCAGAAAAGGGUUGAGAAUGUGCUAAAAACCCUGUGGCAAACAGAACGCAUGAGAAUUAGUGACUUGACAACUACACCUGCAAGAUUCUACAGGGACAGCAUUAAAAAUACAGCAGGAAAUGUGGAAUGUAGACAGGACUUUGCCAUUGAGAUGAGAGAAUGAUGAAAAGGGAGAAUAAUUUCCAGUAAUGGUGGAUCACAAUCAAGUAAUUUGUAAACUCGUAAGCACUCCUUUCCUGUUAAAAACUGUUCUUCGUCUGCACCAUAACAGUCAGGACUAGGAGCCCAUAAGACAAUGCUGUUUUUUUGUUUUUUUGGCUGGCUUUUGUCACCACUGAAAGAGGAGGAAAAACCCCAGUGGGAUUGGGAUUCCAGUAGUAAAAAUGUGAAAUGAAAUUAGCUACAGGAAACUUGUGAUUCAA